UGGAUUCUGGGAGCACAAACACAAACAUCAGCCAUUUUCAGUUUGCUGUGGUCAUCCUCCCUCACUCCAGCACAAAUAUCUGCCAAUCUAUCACACUGAAAGGGACGAGAAGGAUGGACGAAGCGGAAGCGGGUGAGCGCGCACACGGGCGUCUGUUUUGCUGAGCGCGUCGCCGAUUCACGUCUCAUAUCGUUUUAUUGGAGCGAGUGUGAAUCCAUCACAUCAAUUAGUUUACUCGCUUGAGUUCAGGAGAAGCGGAUUAUUAAAGCGUCCCGCGGGUGAUGUCCACCAUGGUGUACCCACGAGACGAGGCGCUGGAGCGUCUGACGCAGGACGAGAUCGUGCUGAACACUAAAGCAGUGAUGCAAGGUUUGGAGACGCUGCGAGGGGAACACACUCAGCUCCUAAACUCUGUCCUGGACUGUGCUCAGCCUCCCGUCGCACAGGAGAGGUCCAGCCUGCUCCGAAAGAGUCUGGAGGACAUCGAGCUGGGGCUCGGAGAGGCGCAGGUGAUCAUCGCUCUGUCCGCUCACCUGAGCGCCGUGGAGUCAGAGAAGCAGAAGCUGCGUGCUCAGGUGCGUCGUCUCUGUCAGGAGAACCAGUGGCUGCGGGACGAGCUGGCCAGCACUCAACACAAGCUGCAGAAGAGCGAGCAGAGCGUGGCCCAGCUGGAGGAGGAGAAGAAGCACCUGGAGUUCAUGAACCAGAUCCGGAAGCUGGACGGGGACGCCUCGCCCUCCGAGGAGAAGACGGGAGAGAAGGAGAAGGACAAUCUGGACGACCUGUUUCCAAACGAUGACGAGCCGGGGCCAGCUCAGCCCAGCGGUGAAGCGGCGGCGCAGCAGGGGGGCUACGAGAUCCCGGCCCGUCUCAGGACGCUUCAUAACCUGGUGAUCCAGUACGCCUCUCAGGGACGCUACGAGGUGGCCGUGCCGCUCUGCAAACAGGCUCUGGAGGACCUGGAGAAGACCUCCGGACACAACCACCCAGACGUGGCCACCAUGCUCAACAUCCUCGCCCUGGUCUACAGGGACCAGAACAAGUAUAAAGAGGCGGCUCACCUGCUGAACGACGCUCUGGCCAUCAGAGAGAGGACUCUGGGGAGAGAUCACCCCGCUGUGGCCGCGACCCUCAACAACCUGGCCGUGCUGUACGGCAAGCGCGGGAAACACAAGGAGGCCGAGCCGCUCUGCAAGAGAGCGCUGGAGAUCCGAGAGAAGGUUCUGGGUAAGUUCCACCCUGACGUGGCGAAGCAGCUCAAUAAUCUGGCUCUGCUGUGUCAGAAUCAGGGCAAGUAUGAGGAAGUGGAGUAUUAUUACCGCAGGGCGCUCGAGAUCUACGAGAACAAACUGGGCGCCGACGACCCCAAUGUGGCCAAGACCAAAAACAACCUGGCCACGUGUUACCUGAAACAGGGCAAAUUCAAAGACGCAGAGACGCUUUACAAGGAGAUCCUGACCCGUGCGCAUGAGAAACAGUUCGGAUCUGUCAACAAUGAUAACAAACCAAUCUGGAUGCAUGCAGAGGAAAGAGAAGAAAGCAAGGGUAAGAGGAAGGACCCGGGUCCGUACGGUGAAUACGGCAGCUGGUACAAAGCCUGUAAAGUGGACAGCUCGACUGUUAACACCACGCUGAAGAGUCUGGGUGCUCUGUACCGUCGGCAGGGCAAGCUGGAGGCCGCCGAGACGCUGGAGGAGUGUGCCACGAAAAACCGCAAACAGGGCAUCGAUGCCAUCAAUCAGAGUAAGGUGGUGGAGCUGCUGAAGGAUGGAGGAUGUGCUGGAGGAGACAGACGUCAGAGUCGAGAUAUAGUAAACGCCCGAGGAGACUGUGAUGGAGACGAAGCCGAGUGGAGCGGGGAUGGUAACGGCGGGCUGCGCAGGAGCGGCUCGUUCGGGAAGAUUCGGGAAGCGCUGCGGCGCAGCAGUGAGAUGCUGGUGAAGAAGCUGCAGGGCAGCGGCCCUCAGGAGCCACGAAACCCCGGGAUGAAGAGGGCGAGCUCCUUAAAUUUCCUCAACAAGAGUGCAGAAGAAACCUCACAGGAAUCUACCAGCGGUCUGUCAGAAUCCAGAGGACUGAGCGCUAGUAAUGUGGACCUGACCAGACGCAGCUCUCUGAUCAGUUAGAGACGACGUCUGAACGUGAAAAAGGAACCAAACAGAGAGGCUGUUUGCUACCUACUUGAAUCGAAAAUACCAUUAAAUGAUACUUAUUACAAACGUUAUCCUAAGAAAAAGAUCUUAAAAGCAAACACGUCUUUUAGUUUCACAUUGGUUGCAAAAAUCUGGGAUUUGUCUCUCUGCUUCGCCACUAGUGAGAUCAAACGCAAUGUAGCACGAUAUCGCCUACUAAACCACAGACAUCCAGUGGUGAAAUUACAUCAAUGCAUGGCGUCAAAAUCGCGAAGUUUAGCACACAAUGAUCAAGUUAUCAAAGCAUACGUUUGCCAUUUAGAAAACAUAAAGUUCAUAUAUAGUAGAUGCUAACAGCUUCAACGAAACGACCUCACUGAGUUGAAAUGGAGCGAAAAAUUACUACGAAUGCAUUUACGAUUGAAAUUCGAGAGCACUGACUGGUACGACCUCACUUUUGCCUUUUGAGUUUAAUGUAUAUGAUGAUUUAAAUUAUUUAAGGUCUUUUUGUUUUCGCGAAAUUAGUGCACAAGGAUUUCGUUUACACUGUAGUUGUACGUCUGUCCUGGAGCGACUGGAAAUCGCGUUGAAUGUUACAAUGAAGGAUUUCUGCUUUACGAUUUAAAGCUGAUUCGAGCUAGAGCUCUUAUUUAUUAGCGAAUCUAGAUUCAGAAUACAAACGCUCAGUCAUUUUAUCUGAUUGCGAGGCAAACUCCUCCAGCUCUGUCGGUCAAAUCGGUGGAAAAGGCCAAACCUAUACAACUGGAAUUUUCCAUCAGUUUAUGAGUUUUUCAUUUUAUUUGAUUUUCCAGCCACUGGAAUAUAAGGAUGUGAGUAAAACAGACAAAUCCUCUUGUUUUUGUUUUUAUCUUUUCAUGUUCAUACAUUGCCAAUCCUAACAGGAACAACAAAUAUCUUAUAAGUGUACUUGUAUGUAAACGUUUGCACCUUUUUGUGACUCUGUUGCCCAUUUUUUACAUUGAUUUAAGGAUGUGUGUGUUUGAUUUUUGGUUUAUUUGCUCGAUUUUUCUUGUGUUCAUCAGAGGCGAGUGAUCUCUGUAUGUGCAGACGACACUAGCUUUGGGAACCAGCCAUACAAAUGAGCCAAUCUUAUAAAUAAAUGUCAUAUUUCACCUUAAAUCAUAUGCAAUCACAUUUUGCAUAAAGAUUUUUGUUGUUGGUGUUUGUUCUUUGUAUUGUCAGAUUACUUUCAUUAGUUAAGCACAUUUUUCCUCCAAUUUCUAAUUACAAAAGCUAUACA